UCUAGUUUUUUUCGAUUUUUCCGUUUUGUGAAAAUUUAAACUAUUCUUUAAAAAAAAAAAAAAUUUAAGAAAAAGCAUUCUACUUUAGAGGGAAAAUAAAGCCAAAUAUAGAGAUCGCAAACCCUAGAAGUGAGAAGGAACAGGCUUAGCAGAUCCAAAAUGAGGCAAUGGCGUCUUCUUUGUUGAUUAGUUUUACGACGUUCGGAUAAUUUCUUCUUGUUUCUUUUCGUCAUUUAUUUGUAUCUCGCUGGUUAAGUACACUGUAGGUGGUUCUCUAUACAUUUUCAAGAUGGCUUCUACUGCCGCUACUGCUGCUUUUUUUCCAGUUUCUUCUCCAUCCAUGGACUCUGUUGCAAAGACCAAAAAUAUUGGAUCUGCUAGUUUGGGAGGUAUCAAAUCGAAAUCCUCUUCGCGGGGUUUGCAGGUCAAGGCUAGUGCCCAAGCCCCUUCCAAAAUAAAUGGUACUUCAGUAGGUUUGACAAAACCAGUGGAAGGCCUGAAGAAUGAGGAUGAUAUGCCUUCACCUCCCCCAAGAACUUUUAUUAACCAAUUACCCGACUGGAGCAUGCUUCUUGCUGCCAUAACAACCAUAUUCUUGGCGGCAGAGAAACAGUGGAUGAUGCUUGAUUGGAAACCAAGGAGGUCUGAUAUGCUUAUUGAUCCAUUUGGAAUUGGGAGAAUUGUUCAGGAUGGUCUCAUGUUCCGACAAAAUUUUUCUAUUAGAUCCUAUGAGAUAGGUGCUGAUCGCACUGCGUCUAUAGAGACAUUGAUGAAUCAUUUACAGGAAACAGCCCUUAAUCAUGUUAAGACUGCUGGUCUUCUUGGUGAUGGCUUCGGUUCAACCCCAGAGAUGUGCAAAAAGAACCUGAUAUGGGUGGUUACUCGAAUGCAGGUUGUUGUAGAUCGCUAUCCUACCUGGGGUGAUGUUGUUGAGGUAGAUACUUGGGUUAGUGCAUCUGGAAAGAAUGGUAUGCGACGUGAUUGGCUUGUCCGUGAUUGUAAAACAGGGGAAACUUUAACAAGGGCCUCCAGUGUGUGGGUGAUGAUGAAUAAAAAGACUAGGAGAUUAUCCAAACUUCCAGACGAAGUCAGAGGGGAAAUUGAGCCUUAUUUUGUGAACUCUGAUGCUGUUGUGGAUGAGGAUAGUAGGAAAUUACCAAAACUUGACGACAACACAGCUGAUUAUGUUCGCAGAGGUUUAAGUCCUAGAUGGAGUGAUUUAGAUGUCAACCAGCAUGUUAACAAUGUGAAGUACAUUGGCUGGAUCCUUGAGAGUGCUCCACAGGCAAUCUUGGAGAGUCAUGAGCUUGCAUCCAUGACUCUGGAGUAUCGGAGGGAGUGUGGGAAGGACAGUGUGCUGCAGUCCCUUACUGCUGUCUCUGGCUCUGAUGUUGGCAAUUUGGGCCACUUUGGCAGUGCUGAGUGCCAGCACAUGCUACGACUUGAGGAUGGGGCUGAAAUAGUGAGAGGAAGGACUGAGUGGAGGCCUAAAUAUGCAAACAACUUUGGGAAUGUGGGUGAGGUUCCGCCAGCAAGUGCAUAAAACUUUUAUCUUUGUGGCUAGGAGGCAGUAGUCGCAUUGGUUGUGUAGAAUCCUGCUUGUGUUCUUGGAUGAUUUAUAUGCUUCUUUAUAUAUAAUUCCUUAUUUGUCAUACUUUAAGAAAAGCUGUAAGUUCGAUGUAAUUAGCCUUGCUGUGAUCUCUUUGUUGCUCUCGACCCAACCAAUUCAAUUUGCUCUCUUCCCAGGAUGCAAUGCAAAAGAUGGAUGAGUUGUAUAGGGGAAAAUUUUAGGUUCUCUUAUGGUUACCUAACCUGUUGAGUUGGUGGAUGUUAAAAGCCUUCUGUUUCCUGCCUGGAAUAUCCAGGCACAUGAUCUUUGAUUGACAUGAUAAUGUAUAUUUUUGUGGCUUUUCUUUUUCUGGUUAGAUUGGAGAAAAGUUAGGCUAGUGGAUUUGUGCUUCAUAUUUAGCUGUAAGCGUAUGCAAUAAUUGUUUAAUUGAUUGAUUCUUAUUAUUUUUUU